AUGAGCAAUAAGUAUACUGCGUCCGACUCCCACUCCUCUGGGACUCGCCCUUCUGAGGGGUCAUCCGGAGAGUCAUCACUUGCUUCUCGCCUCGAUACACGCGACAGGUAUAGAAUCGGAGGUCCAGGUGCAUUGCCAAGAUGGCCAGUCAUAUCAAGCGCUCCUAUAAACCUCGACGAGAACCUUGCAAACACAGCCGUGGAAAUUGCUCUUAGUCAGUUACAAACAAGCAACAUCAACUACGAUCGUGUCUCAUUCGCUAGUAGGUACACGCACGGACAGACAGCUACGGAAAUUGAUUCAACACUACUCAUCCUCACCAAUUUUGAACACCACCGGGAUCAGUUAGUUUCACUGCUUGAUACGUUGGUGGCUACCCUAUCAGAGCUCGGACACAGUGGGAGAGUCGAGAUUCUAGACACGCGUGCGAGUGGCGGUAUGAAAAGCUUCGCACCAAAACUGACCCAGGAGCAACGGGGAGCCUGGCAAGGAACACUAGCCUUUAUUAUACGGACACUGGGCUCUAUCGAAGUCGAUUGGAGGCAAAUCUAUGCCACCAAUCGCGGGUACUGGGAGGCAAUAUCAACCCCCACUGUGGUCAUAAAGACCGCAGUCUUGAUUGACAGCUACCCCGAAACACGCCAUAUCCGCAAUGAACUCACAGAAAAAGGGUUGUCGCUAGAGCUAAUGGGAAUCGAGGGACUGUGGGGUCUCUUUGGGAACCUCCAAGCAGCAAUUGACGACGAACAAGUCCGCACUAGCUUAGAGUGGCCCUUUUCACCCUCGUACCAUGGUAUGGGGAUUAGCAUAGGAAGAAGUUUUCAACAGACCCCUAGGACAGCAAGCACCCUCGGCGGAUACCUCAGAAUUCAGAAAAAUGGCAUUGAGCAUACGGUUGGGCUGGGGUGUUAUCAUGGUUUUAGAAUGAAUGAAGAUGGAACCCAUGAUUCAAACCUUGACUCAGGUGGCGCAACCAAUCUGGAUUGGCCAUGCCAGUCCCCAGCCCCCUAUGACGUACAAAUAUUCCGAGAGUCGUUGAUGAGCACCGCCCACCAUCCCAUUCCCGAAACCCUUGCGCCAGGCAUCAAGGCAAAGCGAGAAGCACAGCGCAACCAGAGUAUGCGACAGAUUCAGGAAAUCAACGUGUUCGACCCAAGCAUUGGAAAUCUGGUAGCCGUCUCAGGAUGGCACAAGCGCUCGCUAAGCCGCAGCAUAAGCGCGCCGCUUGUUCUUAUCGAUUGGGCUUGCAUUGAAAUACUGCAGCAGCAUUGCCCCUAUCCGAUCAAUAGCAUUGACGACAUGCGACCGCGACUGCUCCGGUUCUGCCCAGAGGCAGUUGGUAGUUGGAAGACUGACAAGCAAACGGUUGAUAAAAUCGCCCAGAUGCCCUCUCAAGAUACUCCAAUCUUCAAACAAGGCCGAACAACCGGGUUGACAGCUGGCUUACUUGGUGGUCUUUUACCAGCAGCUUUCAGACUGGAAGAUGCCCCGCAGCAUCUUCAUCACCGCGGAUAUGUGGUAUUCACUGCCCCCUUUAGAAACGCUUUUAGUGGACCGGGCGAUUCAGGCGCAUGGUGUCUAGACGGAAAUGGCGACGUGGUCGGCCAGUUGAUUGGCGGAAACCAAAUAGAGGGCAGCGGCAUUCUAAUCCCUUUUGCUGUCGUCGUCAAUGAUAUCGAGAAGAAGCUGGAUCUGAAGCCGGGCAGCAUAAGGCUUUUAUGA